AUGGAAUCCCGUAACUUUUUCAGCUUCUUCUUUCUAUCCCUCUGCGUCGGGCUUCUCCUCCUCUUCACUUUCGGUCACCUCCCUUAUGCGCCACCAUACGUGACUGACCUUCUCGACUGCACCACCAACUCAGCAUGGUGCGCCUCCAAAUACCACUUUCAGUCCAAACCGCCAAACAACCACGUCGUAGACAAAAACCACCGCAACCGCAACCACGCCUCCGACACUCCCCACCACCCUCUCGACCCCCUCACAGUCCAAGAACUCAACAAAAUCCGAACCAUCCUCUCCUCCCACGCUCUCUUCAACUCCUCAGCCUACGCGCUCCACUCCAUCGAGCUCAAAGAACCCGACAAGCCUCUCGUCCUCCGAUGGAAAAAGGGCGACCCCUUGUUUCCCAGAAAGGCCUCCGUCAUCUCACGUGCCGCCGGGAAGACGCACGUGAUGACCAUUGACCUUGCCACGGGCGAGGUUUCCGAACACCAGACCGGAAACCACUCCGGCUAUCCCAUGCUGACCAUCGAGGAAAUCACCGCGGCGAGCUUGGUCCCACUUGCGAGCGCCAAGUUCAACCGCACGAUCAUCCAGCGCGGCGUUGAUCUGGCGGACCUUGCGUGUUUGCCGAUUUCGUCGGGGUGGUUCGAUGAGUACGAGAAGAACAGGAGGAGGUUGAUUAAGGUACAGUGCUUCUCCAUGAAGGACACUGUGAACUUCUACAUGAGGCCAAUCGAAGGGUUGACCGUGCUUGUUGACUUGGACGCCAAACAAGUGGUGGAGAUUUCCGACAAGGGCGGGAACAUUCCGAUUCCGAAGGCCACCAACACGGACUACAGAUACUCCACCAGCCAAGAGCUCAGGCGAGUGAUCCGGCUAGUGAAUCCCAUUUCCAUUGAGCAACCAAAAGGUCCAAGUUUCACCGUGGAGGAUGGUCACUUGGUAAAAUGGGCAAACUGGGAAUUUCAUGUGAAACCCGAUGCUAGGGCGGGCGUGAUCAUAUCCCAAGCUAGGGUCCGAGACCCGGAUACCGGUGACUUGAGGGAUGUGAUGUACAAAGGGUUUCCCUCGGAGCUCUUUGUGCCUUAUAUGGAUCCUAGUGAUGGAUGGUACUUCAAGACUUAUAUGGAUGCGGGUGAAUACGGGUUUGGGUUGCAAGCCAUGCCUCUUGACCCGCUUAAUGAUUGCCCGCGUAACGCUUAUUUUAUCGAUGGUGUGUUUGCCACAUCCGAUGGAACGCCUUAUGUCCGAUCGGACAUGAUUUGCGUGUUUGAGAGCUACGGCGGGGAUAUCGGGUGGCGCCAUACAGAGAGUCUGAUAACGGGGAUGGAGGUGAGGGAAGUGAGGCCAAAGGUGACACUAGUGGUUAGAAUGGCAGCAUCAGUUGGUAACUAUGACUAUAUCGUCGACUGGGAGUUCCAAACGGACGGACUAAUCAGAGUGAAGGUUGGACUUAGUGGCAUUUUGAUGGUUAAAGGCACACCCUAUGAGAACAUGAACCAAGUCUUUGAUGGAGAAGAUCUCUACGGCACACUGUUAUCGGAAAACGUUGUUGGUGUUAUUCACGACCAUUACAUAACAUUUUAUCUGGAUAUGGACGUAGACGGUUCUGAUAAUUCCUUUGUUAAAGUGAAUCUCCAGAGGCAGCAAACUUCUCCUCAUGAGUCUCCAAGGAAGAGCUUCUUGAUAGCUACUAGAACUGUGGCGAAAACAGAGAAGGAUGCACAAGUGAAGCUAAAACUCUAUGACCCGUCGGAGUUCCAUGUGAUCAAUCCGUCGAAGAAGACCCGGGUUGGAAACCCUGUCGGGUAUAAGGUGGUUCCUGGUGCCACUGCUGCUAGUUUGCUUGAUCCUGAAGACCCUCCACAAAAGAGGGCUGCUUUUACCAAUAACCAAAUCUGGGUCACCCAAUACAAUCGGAGUGAGAAGUGGGCAGGUGGGUUGUUUGCUUACCAAAGCCAUGGAGAUGAUACUUUAGCCGUGUGGUCUAACAGGGAUCGAGAAAUUGAGAAUAAAGACAUUGUGAUUUGGUACACUUUAGGGUUUCAUCACAUACCAUGUCAAGAGGACUUUCCUAUAAUGCCGACGGUGUCAUCUAGCUUUGAUUUGAAGCCUGUAAAUUUCUUUGAGAGAAACCCCAUACUUCGGACUCCGCCUAAUGUCGAGAGUGAUUUGCCUGUUUGCUCACUUGUUGUUUCAACCUAAGAGUAACCAUUCAACAUUGAUUAUACAUAUGCAUGUAGAAUUUUAUUUCGCUAUUCCUGCACACGUAACCAUACCUAGCUUUUCCAUUUUAUUUGUC